AUGGCUGCUGUGGUACACCAAAACACAUCUUUGACAAAGAAAAAUAGUUUUUUAAAACGUAAUAUUACUAAAUAUUUUGGUUCAAAUCAAGUCCAAGCAAAUGAUUCAAUAACAAAAACAAAUGAUCUCACUAUAGAAACAAAGAAUUUGCAACCUUCAAGCUCACCUCCUUCAACAGUUUCUUCUAAUUCAUCGUCAAUCAACUCAACUCCUAAAGUUCAAAAUAAUCCAUCAUGUAAUGAUUCAACGCCAACAUUAACUUCAGUCACUAAUCCUAAUAAUAAUGUCUUCGAGGUAAAUAAUAAAUUAUCGAUAAAUGAAGAUGCUACUCAUAUACAUAAUCUGCAGAAUUUAAAACGUAAGGACAAUAUUUCAUCAUUCAUUAAAAAAAUAUCGAUAUCGAAAAAUAAAAAUGAAGGUGUUAAAAAUAUAGCUAAUGCAAAAUGGGCUGUUCAAGACUUAUUCACAGAUAAUAAUUUCACAGUAGAAAAAUCAAACAAUUUUAAUUCAAAUAGCAAUAGUGAUAAUAAUAAUAACAAUGGUAAUAACACUAAACACAACAAAUCAAAUUUAUGGAACUCAAAUAAUAAUUCAUCUCCUCUAUGCACACAAAAUAGAAUAUCAGGUUUCCUAAAAAAUAUCAAUGAGAAUGUUGAUGUCUCAAGUUCAAAAGGUCCAAAUGAUUUACCUAUGCCGAAAUCAGCCCCCAAACCAACUUUAUCAACAACUGUAAUGGAGACUCAUGCAAAAAUGAAUUUCUCAGAUAUAUAUGGUUGUUGUAAAGAAAUUAUUGGUAAAGGUUCAUAUGGUACAGUAAGAUUGUGUCAAAAAAAAAGUGAAUUGAAAAAUUCAAAACCUAUUUUCUACGCAGUGAAAGAAAUUAAAAGGAAAGAAAAUGAAUCUUGUGACAUCUUCUUAAGGAGAAUAACAUCAGAAUUUUGCAUCUCUUCAUCAUUAAAACAUCCAAAUAUUGUGCAAACUCUAGAUUUAUUCGCAGAUAAUGAAAAAAAUUAUUUUGAAGUAAUGGAAUAUUGCCCAGGUGGUGAUUUAUUCACUUUAAUAACAUCAUCAGAAAAUGGUAAAUUAACUCAAAUUGAAGCUGAUUGUUUUUUUAAACAGAUACUAUCAGGUGUUAAUUAUAUGCAUGAUAUGGGUGUAGCACAUAGAGAUUUGAAACCGGAAAAUAUAUUAUUGACUGCAACUGGUAUUGUUAAAAUUAUAGACUUUGGCUCAAGCGAAUGUUUCAGAAUGGCUUGGGAGACAAAUGUUCACUACACAGAUUAUAUCUGUGGUUCCACUCAAUACAUCGCUCCAGAGGAAUAUACAAAAGAAAAAUUCGAUCCAAGAGCAGUGGAUGUUUGGGCUUGUGGUAUGAUUUAUAUGGCAAUGGUGAUAGGACGCCAUUUAUGGACAACUGCUCAAAAAAGCGAUGAAAUUUAUUCAACGUUUCUCAAUGACAUUAAAACAGAAGACGGUUUUGAACCAAUAGAAAACUUUUCAGAUGUCAAUUGUAAAAAUGUGAUUUAUUCAAUUUUAGAACCAUCACCAAGUAGGCGUUUAACGACGAAACAAAUUAUGAAUUGUCCAUGGGUUAAAGGAAUUCAAUGUUGUGGUAGCAAAUAA